AUGGACGACCCGGGCUGUUCAUGGCCUUUCUGGAAGUUUGGGAUGAAGAGAGACGAUCUCUCCACCAAGCUACAAGAUAAAUACAACACCCUCCCGUCCAACAUCCAAGACCCCGAAGCCUUCCACAACGAUGUCUGCGAGAUCUCUCGUAUUGCCGUCACCGCCGACGAGUUCCACCGUAUGAUGGCUGAUCGUAAGGAGCAACGUCUCCAGGAACUCAAUGCCUCCCUUGAUCUCGCUGCAGUCGAGAUCAUUGCCAACCCCAAACUGGUCGGCACGGCGCAGUGGUCCUAUGCCCUGCAGCUAUUCCGGACACGCUCGCUCGACUCCCUCGUGCGACUGUUCUCGAGUUACCUGCCUGACGACUACUCUUGCACGCAAGGCUACUACCCGGCCUCGUCCAACGGCACUUCCUUCAGCGAUCGUUCUAGCUCUCGUACCGCGAGUACCAACCUGAGCAGCCUCGACGAUGUCGACGGUCCCUGCUUCUUUCACGAUGACGACCAAAAGCCCAUUAUGACGCAUGAGCCUUUGCACAUCUCGACUUCCAUUUCCUCCUCCGCCAUCACUACCGACCUACCUCCCUCCCCCCGCUCCAUGACGACCCUGUCCGAAACCGCUGCAUCAUCGCCCAUCGACCAGGAACACAGCUAUGUCCUUCACAACCUCACGCCUGCGCGAACUUUAUCGUUCUCCGGAUCGGAAUCCGGCCGUUUCCAAGGGAGACAAUUUCAGUGUGUUGACGACGACGACGAGGAAGAUACCUCACAGUCCGAAGACCCUGACUCCCUGACGACAUCGGUAUCCGACCUACAUGAUGAUCAUUUGACGCGUGAAUCUACUGUGGAGGAAGAGCAACCUAACGAAUACACCGAGAAUGCCAUUGAAGAUUACGAAUGCGAAGAAGAGUUUCCCACGACCCAGCUUCCUUUCGAUCUCUGUGACGACAUCAUGGAGUCUUCGGAGACCCCAACUCCUAUACAAGAAACAACAGCCAGAACAACAACAUCGGCAGCCGCGGCGGCGUCUUACCUCGAUAGUAAAUCUUCUUUUCGUUCGAUACCCCAAUCCUUUCGCGCACUCUCACCAAAGAUACCCCAUCUCCGCCGCCGUGACGCGAGUCCCGCCAAGAGCAGCAUUAGUAGCAGUACUGUUAGUAGGAGGAGUCCUGAAGAAGCAGCGUGUCGUAUACAGAAGCUCCAGCCUGACGCUGCACGCGUACGGGCAAUGGUGGCCAGGGAGCGGAGGAGAGGACUGGACUAG